CAAAAAGUGUCGCACUCGGAUGCGUUGACAAAAAGCAACACCAUUUCCUCACUCCUGCACAGCGUCCUCCACGCCACAAGUUCAGCACCAGCUGAUCUACCACAUGUGGCUCUCGACAACUUAUGUCUGGAGCUUUGCCAGUGUUCAGGGCUUGACUGUUGCCGCAUGCGAGGCGCUCGCGCUCACGCAGCUGCUGUACGUCGCGACCACGGUCCGCGUUGCGGCAGAGCAUGACGUCAAUGCGUAUGCCGCUCUCACGCUCAUGCUCGUUCUCCCUGCCAUUCCCAACGUCGUUCUUUCUGUUGCUGCUACCAUCUCGGCUCGCAUCUGGUGGGCCAAAAGCGGUCUCUCGCCCGUCAUCGCCAUCCCCAACGUCGCGACCGGCACCGCCCCAAAAACCGGAUCGUUCGGCGAUGCAUGGAGCGCCAGCCGCUACGACUUCUCCCACGGCCACAACCACAAGCCAAGCGUCGUGGCUCAUGCCACGCUCUUUGCGCCUCAGAGGCCAGAGAAUCCUCCGUCAAACGAAGACCGGGUCGCUGGUGCUGGCGCGUCGGCGCCUGUCGCCGCGGCUUCGCCUGCCGCCACGCCCACGUCAGCUGCCGAGCCGAACCGCAUCGUCAUGACCCUCUUCUUCCUCUUCUUCACCAUUGGCCAGCCGAUUGGCCUCGCCCUCAUGUGCUUGAUUGUCCUUCCGAGCAUGGAGAACCCGUGGGCGGCGUAUGCGCUUACGCUCUCGGCCCCGCAUCUGGCCGGCUCGCUGGUAACCUUUGUCGCCCUUAUCGCCGUCGUCUUUGUUCGCGCUCGCGGACACGCCGGCGCGGUACCGAUCGACAUGCGCCUCAGGACCACCCUUGUCCUCAGCUUUCUCGCCUUUACCACUUACACCAUUGGUGCUAUUCUCGCAUCGGCCAAGCAUGUCCACGCCUCGUCUGCUGCGCUCGUCUUUGGUAUCGUCCUCAUGUCUGCCGACACGCUCGUCAACUCGGCGCUGCGCCGCCGGGUUGUCGUCGGCAUCCUCUCGCUGCUGCAGGUCAUCUUCUUCCUCCUCAUGGCCUGGCUCGUAGGCCACUACCUGUACGGCUUUCACUCGGCUGACAUGUUCCGCGCCUUCUUCUCCAUCAGCUCCAACCGUUUCUGGAUCAACAUUGUCUUCGAGGCCGUCGCCAUCGCCAUCGUCAACUUUGGAUUCUGGGCCGGAUCCGUCGCCGGCCUCCAACUCACCACCGCCGCGGCUCUGGUUCUUUUCUCGCCUGUCCUUUUCGCUGUCACUCACUCGACAUACUGCGACUACACCUGGACUGGUGAGUGCGGCUGGGGCGACGAGCUCGUCUCGGACGGCGCCCGCGCCUCUGUCGUCAUUUCCAUCGUACUCGGAUGCAUGGCAUCAUGUCUCUCCGCCACCCUUUCGCUCUCGCCAGGCCUCCUCUCGCGCAACCUCUCCGCCAGCGCCACCGGUUCCGACUGGUUCUUGCCCACCUAUCCCGGCGUCUUCCCCGGUGCUUUUCUUCUCUCCAACGCGCGCAAGCACCCUCCAGCGCCGGCAACUGUCGUAACCCCGAAUGUUACCUUGACCGAAGGGUACUCUCCUAUUGAGAGCUCGUUCCGCGGCUUCUCCCACAACACGCACCCCAAGGUCGUCAUCACCGUCUCCACUCUCUGGCACGAGACGCGCGAGGAGAUGACCCAACUACUGAUCUCGAUCUCAUCGACGCUCCGGCGAUUCGACGACAGGGAUGCAAACGCAGGCCGCGCCUUUGCCUCCAACAUCGAGAGCCACCUUGUUCUGGACGACGGCAUCCGCAAGGGCUCAUUCUCUUCUUUCGCCUACCAGCUCAUCGAUGUCAUCUCGCCGCUCGCCGUUCCCGUCUCUGGCUUCAAAACGACCAGCUACGGCGCGGUCCAGCAGUGGAAGGUCGGCUCGGCCUCGCUCUUUGUUCACUUCAAGGACCCGACCCGAGUGAAGCAGGGCAAACGCAUGUCACAAGUCCUCUACCUCAACAUCAUCCGCAAGCGGCUCGCUCAUCUGGACUCGAUCAUCACUGGCGGCGGUCACAUCGACCUGGCGAACGUUUUUCUCUUCCUCACCGAUGGCGACACCAAGUUUGGCGCCGAUGACGUCGUUGUCCUCCUGGAGGCCGCUGUCAACGAGGCCGAUCUUGGUGCGGUCUGCGGACGAAUCCAGCCGUUGGGCGAGGGCAUCAUGGCCAUGUUCCAGCGAUUCGAGUACCUCGUAUCGCACUGGUUCGGUAAGGCUGCCGAGAACCUGUUCGGCACCGUUCUCUGCUGCCCAGGCUGCUUCUCGAUGUACCGCGUCUCGGCGCUGUACUCGGUGCUUGACGAGACGGACGCGGCCACCUCGCUCGCUGCGCUCUACUCGCAGCGCGCCAGCAGGCCACGCGAUAAGCUAAUGAUGGACAUGGGCGAGGAUCGGUGGCUCUGUACCCUUCUCAUCCUAGCCGGCUGGCGGCUCUCCUACCGCGCGUCGGCUGUGGCCCAGACCUUUGCGCCCGAAUCGUUUGAGGAAUUCUGCAAGCAGCGCAAGCGCUGGAACCCAUCGACACUCGUCAACGUCCACGAGCUUGUCUCCAAGUGGCAUUCAUCGCGGACCUCGACCUCGCUUGCCUUUCUCAUCUACGUCAUCAUCGUCCUCUACAUCUCGUAUGUUGCGCCGGCCACCGUUGUCGUCCUCCUCGCCAGCGGCCUCUCCUAUGGACUUGGCCUUCCGCUUCACGUGGCGGCACUCAGCUCCAUCGCCAUCCCUACUCUCUACGCUCUGAUAUGCAUGACCUGCAAGUCUGACACUCAGAUUGCGUGGGCCAAGUACCUCUCGGCGCUGAGCGGCGCGCUGAUGGCCGCCGCCGUCGCCGGCUCCAUUCUCGAGAUGGUCACUGCUCCGACCUCGCCGACCUCGAUCUUUGUCUACACCACCGCAGGCAUGUUUCUCAUUGUCGGCAUCAUUCACUUUCGCUCGUCGUGGCCUACGGUCUUUGGUCUGCUGUACCUGUUUAUGGUCCCCAUGGCUUUCCUAUUUGUCAACAUGUUCGCCAUCAACAACCUCGACGACUUUUCCUGGGGCACCCGCGACAGCACCUCCACCGCCUCUGCGAGCAAGCCCAAAACGAUACGUGAGUACUCCAUCAAUUUGCUCCGUCUUGUUGCUCGCGUCUGGCGGGCGCUCUUGUGUUGCGCGACCGAUGAGCCUUUGCUUCUUACCGCCCCGCCUGAUAUGGCUCCGGCUUCGGCCGUGCCGGUCGAGCUCUGCGCCGCCACAGCUCGCUUUGCCGACGGCACCGGUCACGAGCUCAGGUUCGAGAUGAGCACUCUCGCGUGGUGUGUCGAGUACAUGCCCGAUCUCGACGUCAAUGACGUGGUGCUGGAGCUGGUCGCGCCGAGUGUGGUCAGUGUGGCCAAGGCCGCUUGCAACGCACCACUUGGGACGCGCGUUGAGUGCGACAAUGGGCUCGUCACUGUUGCCACCGAUUCUGAUGUCUUCGCUCAGAGCUCUGUGGUGCGGAUCGAUCUCAUUGUAGAGGUGGCGGCAGUGGGCGACGAGCCUCGCUCCUCUCAAUCGCUGCGUCUGAUUCUCGUGCAGCAGCAACCAGCUGCUGCACUUUGCCUCGCCCUUCUCGCUUUCGAGGGUGGCAACGCCGUCGGAAGGAAUGCCGUGAUCCAGAGCGAGUUCACCGCCCUUCAAGACCUCGCCCUCCAAGACCUCGCCCUUCAUCAAUUUGUCUCCUGGCCCGCUACGCCAGCGCGGCCGAGCCACGCAACCAUUGCUCUUCGCAAUAGGAACGAGCUCGGAGCCUCAUCGCACGCCUUUGUGACAACCUUUGUGAAUGGAACCAUCACCAGUGAGCCGUUCGAGGUCCGAUGGGCCGGCGAGGCCGGGCAGCAGACGUUCCAGAGCCAGCCACUGCUGCUCCCGCAGCUGAUCAACGGCCGACAGCCGCAGCAGUAUAUCGUCGAUGUGGUGGUCUCGGCCGUCCCACCGCAGGAUCUUGUGGACCUCGGCAAGGUCAAGCCCGGUGACGCCAACGGCGACACGCGGAUGCUUGGCCUCUACGCGCUUUCGGCGGGCUUGGACUUGCUGUGGGCGCACCACAUGACGAUCACCAUUGGAAUCAGCAAUGCGGAUAAUGCUGGAGCCAUCCACGCCGAUGUUGUGCCCAACUUUGGCGAUCCUCUGGAUGAUACCGAAGAUCGCCUGGACGCGCACGACGCGGUCUACCUGGGUGCGCUCUACGACCCAAUGCUUGACGCACGGCGCGGCCCCGGUGAGCAGCGGUUGCUGAGCGCGCACCGCGCGCGAUCCGAGCGUGAGCUGCAGGAUGAGACCCGGAAGCUGAGGCUCAACUUUGUCGGCGCCUUUGUAGCCGUCAACGUUCUCUGGGUUGCCCUCUUCCUCGCCUUUUCGCUUGACAGCAACCUCUCGGUCCGCAUCUGGUCAGGCAGCAAAUCAUCAUCGCUUCCUGGCCUCAUCUUUCUGGUCAUCGCGCUCUCGGUCAUGAUCGUGCAGUUCUUUGCGCAAAUUGUCAUGGCGGUGUGCGACCAUCUUGACGACGUCUCGUAUCGAGUCCGUGACGUGCUGGAUGGCCAGCCUGGCCGUGUCGCUCUGAUCAUCCCGUUUGUCAUCCAGCUCGCCAUGCAUACCUUUUCUGCUCAUGCAGUCAUUGUCCCUGCUUCUGCAAUCGAGUCGAAGAGCAACGAUGUGUCAAACUCGAGUGCCUCGUCAUCGACGAGGAACAGCAAGAAGACGACGGCCGAAUCUCUCUCCUCGCCAGAGCCUGAUGCCACUCCCUCGCUUCUCGCAGCUCCGGUGGACAAGGGCGCAGCUCUUUUGGUCUGGGAUCUGCAUCAUUCUGCUGCCCGCCUGGAUGAUGCCUCUACAGUCGGCCCGCCGCCGUCGCGCUCGUCUCGGGGCGCAAAUGACAUGGCGGAGGAGAGCGACAACGACGAUGCAGAGUCGGGAGGCCAGGGCAUGAUGCUCGCCCCGACCCUGGCCCGGCUGUCGUUCAAGCUGAGCAAGAUGGUGGCGCUCUCGCGUGGCGCGGUGGUUGUCUUUAACUCGGCCCGUGCCGUGGGCGUGCUCUCGUACGACGCGCUGCUGCGGUCGGGCGCGGAGCGCCUGGCGCCUGCCAUGACCAAGGACCUUGUGGCCAAGAACUCGCGGGUCCUCCUCCGCGAUGUGGCCGGCGCGAGCGAGACUGGUGCCCGCCCCGUGGCGGUGGUGGCCGGCUGGGCCGCCCGUCGCAAGGCGCUGGAGAUCGGUCUCGCUGUCCUCGACAUGAUGGUGCCCGAGGAUGAUGAGGCUACCGUGGCUGCCAUGGAAGUCGAGGGCAUGGUUGAGGAUACUGCGGCGGCAGUGCCGCGGCUGACUGCCCGCAAGCUGGCCAAGGUCGUGGUGCCAGCCGCCGAGCUGCUCGCUGCCGCCGCCGCCGGCCGCGACGACGCCGAGCUCGACGUCGACGCCCUUAAGAUUGAGAUCGACGAGCAGGCGGCAACGGCCGCCACCCUGGCGCUGCUGGUCGUUGCACCCGGCCUCACCCCGGUCCGGCUCUUCGUCGAGCUCGACUCCGAGGCCGAGCAGCGGACCAAGCUGGUGGCUCUCGCGCCGCUGGCCGGCGGCCUUGGCAGCGGCGCAGGCGCGGUUGUCGCAGCCAAGACCGUCCACGAGUACACGGUGGCGGUCAAGGCGAGCUCUAACCAGAGCUCGGCUCUGGCGGUCUACGACACCGCGUACGGCACACUGCAGAGCCUCGACGACCUGCCCAGCAAGUCCGGUCUCUUCCAGGCGCUCGUCUACCCGACGCCUGCGCCGCAUGAGCGGCGGCAUCCGGCGAUGGCAGUCUUCACCCACGAAGUCGUGCUCAUUCUCGCCAAGCUGCCAGUCUUUACGCUCGCCGCGGCGCUGUCGGCGCCGGUCGGGGUGCAGGCCAACGGCGACGGCGCGUCCGCCCCGACUGCAGUUGUCGACGCCGAUCAGCUGCUUGCGCUCGGCGUCGAUGUCGACGGCUGGGCCGACGACGUGGCAACCGUCGAGGCCAAGGAGUCUGUGUUGAUGAAGGCGCUGGCCGACGCCGAGAACGCUGCCGAGGUGCGGACCCACUUUGAGGCGUACGCCGAGGCGCUGGAGGCCGGCCCGCCGUACGUCUACCUCUCACCGGCGUUUGUGGCCGUGGCCGUGGCGGCGGCGCUGCGGACCAAGGCGUGGGACGUCAUCCGCGCCCUCGUCAUGCGCGGAGUGCUGUCGGCCACAGCGACGCCUGCGCUCAUCCCCACCCUCAUUGACAAUGCCCAGUGGGGCCUUCUCGCCUCGGUCCUGGUCCAUGUCUCGGACUUGACCGAGGAGCAGCUGUUUGCCCUCCUUGAGCUGCUCGUCGAGGCCCACGUCGGCCAGUCGGAGCAAGGCCAGGCGUUCCGGGCGUCGAUCGAGGCGCUGUUUGACGCCAUCGAGGCCGGCACGCUCCUGGUCGAAGACAUCGGCCUCAUUCCCGAGGUCGACGCUGCUCACGCUGCCGCCGUCUCGCGGGCCUGGCCGGCCGGCGGCGCCAACAUCCGCCACCUGCGCAUGGGCUCCGACUCGGCAGUCGACACCAUGAUCUCGCUCGUCUUUGGCUACUCGCACUCGGGCGCCUUCCUCCGCCCGCACCUGCGCCGCCUUGAGGUCCCGGCCCUUACUGUCCUGCUCAAGUCUGGCCUCAAGUGGAUGUCGCGAUACAUGCGCCGCUCGUUUGACGACCUGCGCGCCCUCCGCUCGCCGCUCCUCCCCAUCCCGCGGUUCUCGGCCAUCCUCGACUGGAUGCGCAUGCUCCUCGACACCCACUUUGCCGACAUGGUCCUCGACGAUGAGUGCUGGUCUUCGGUCGGCGAACUGACCAAGCUCGUCUCGUCGCAGCUCGUCCUCUGCGAUGAGCUGCAGUCUAUCGACGGCAUCCUCGCCCAGCUCUCGUCCAAGUCGUCGCGCCUGGUUGUCGCCAACGUGCCGGACUACUCGGUCGAGCUCCUCAACAUCUAA